GACCGGGCGGAGUUCUGUAACAGUCGGUAGCCUCUGUGUUGAGACGUUGGUGCUCUUCUCUCCUUUUGAACGCUUAACUUAACAGCGGAAGGACAGGUAUACGCAGUAAAUUAACUCUUAACUAUAAUAUUUUUUUUACGACUUUCCCAGUUAUUUUCCUUUAGAAAUAUGUGGGUAUAAUAUUGUGUUUGGAUGGCCAAGCGACCCGUAGCUGACGACGGAAUGCUGCCUUCGCCGACAUUUCUCAGGGAUUUUGGGAGCGUGAACAUGGACUGCAGCAGCGACGGAGUGGAGGAGGUUUCCUUGGAGGAGAUACUGAACCUGUACAGCCAACCCAUUAACGAGGAGCAAGCCUGGGCCGUUUGUUACCAAUGCUGUCGGACAUUAGCGCAGAGACACCGCAGGAGAUGCUCCAAAGCUGCCGCAACGGCGGUGAGCGGUGUGCGCAGGAUUCAGGGACCCGGGGACGUGAUGAUCGGGAGGGAUGGGGCUGUGGAACUGCACUUUGAGGAGAGCACAGAUGAAUACAAGGCGGCCCCCACCACGUUGGAGGUUAUCGACUCACUCGCCGUUAUGAUCUAUAAAGCUCUGGACUACGGCCUCAAGGAGAACGAGGAACGUGAGCUCAGCCCGCCGCUGGAGCGGCUGAUCGACAUGAUGACCAACCACGAAGAAACCGAGAGCGACCCCUGUCCCGACGAGGGCUAUGAGGCCACCGAGGAGGAGGACGAGUGCGAGGAAGAGGAGGAGGAGGAGCUUGUAACUGCCUCCACCAUCUGUACUGUCAGCAGCAUACGCAGCUAUAAAGAUGUUAUCUUGCUGUGUUCUUCCCAUCUGCCCAGCCCUUCGGACGCUCCCAGUCAUUACCAGGCCGUGUGCCGAGCUCUCUACGCCGAGUCCAGAGAACUAUGCACAUUCCUGGAAAAGAUCAAGAGUGCCAAAGAGAACCUCCGUAGAAUGGAAGGUGAUGCUCAGGAGGAACCUGGUAAAGACCUCAAUGAGCUGCAAAAUGCAGACUGGGCAAGGUUCUGGGUGCAGGUGAUGCGCGAUCUACGACACGGCGUGAAGCUGAAGAAGGUUCAGGAACGCCAGUACAACCCUUUACCCAUCGAGUUCCAGCUCACACCUUAUGAAAUGCUGAUGGACGACAUCCGCUCUAAACGUUACAAGCUAAGAAAAGUCAUGGUAAAUGGAGACCUCCCUCCAAGGUUAAAGAAGAGCGCACAUGAAGUCAUCCUGGAGUUCAUCCGGUCACGACCCCCUCUCAAUCCUGUUUCAGCACGUAAACUGAAACCCCACCCUCCUCGACCCCAGAGCCUCCACGAGCGACUUCUCGAAGACAUCAAAGCCGAGAGGAAGCUCAGGCCGGUCUCACCAGACAUGGUCCGCAGAACUCGUCUGGGCGCGGGAAAAAGCAUCAGCACUCCACAAGACCUGUACAGAAGUUCAGACACUCCUGAUGCCCCCAGGAAGUUGGCAGUCAGCACGCAGUCUUUGGCCAACGGCACCACAGGGUCAGGUCAAAGUGGAGUUCAACCGCUCAGUCAGAGGAAGAGGCUGCUGAAGGCGCCGGCGCUGGCUGAGCUGGACAGCUCUGAUUCUGAUGAGGAGCCCACACAGAGCAGCUCCAGUAUGUCCACGUCUCUGAUGGAGGACACGUCUCCAGAGUCUGCUCCAAGCAGGAAAGCCCCUCCAAAGUUCCUGCCCAUCUCUGCUACACCACAGCCGGACAAACGUCAGUCUCCUCACAGGCGACACUCCAUAGAGAAGGAGGCUCCCACCACUGUCCACCCGUUCCUACCUCCAUCCAAACAGACCUCCAAGUCUUUGGUGGGAGCUGCCAGUGCCAGUGGUGCACGGGGCACGGAGGAUUUCUGCUACCCAGUGGAGUGUCUGGCUCUGACGGUGGAGGAGGUGAUGCACAUCAGACAAGUCCUGGUCAAAGCUGAGCUGGAGAAGUUCCAGCAGUACAAAGAAGUGUACAACGCUCUCAAGAAAGGAAAGCUUUGUUUUUCAUGCCGGACCAAGAAAUUCUCCCUGUUCACCUGGUCGUACACCUGCCAAUUCUGCAAGAGACCUGUGUGUUCCCAGUGUUCUAAAAAGAUGCGUCUCCCCUCUAAGCCGUAUUCAACUUUACCAGUUUACUCUCUGGGCCCCAGUGCUCUGACUAAAGAGGCAGCGUCUGCACCAGCAGAGCCUGGAAAACACUCUUUUGAGUCUGGACACACUCGGAACAGUCUACGGAGGAGUGGCCACAAAAUGUCCAGACAGAGCAGCAGCAGCAGCAAAGACGGCCAAUCACAGGAUGAACUAGAGCUGCCCAAGGAGCUGACGGAGGACUGGGUCACCAUGGACGUGUGUAUUGACUGCAAAAAGUUCAUCACCGAGAUCAUCUCCUCCAGCAAGCGCAGCCUGUGUGUGGCCAGCAAGAGAGCCCGCCUCAAUCGCAAUCGCAUGACCCAGUCUUUCUACGUGUCAUCGACCAGAUCUCGUAACUUCCAGCCAACAGAGCGCACGAUCAAUGAGGUGUAGAGUUUCUGCAAGAUAAGGUUCCCCACAGAGACUGGUUCAUGUAGUUUUUGUAAAUAUUGAUUUUCCAUAAAAAUGAAUUCCUCAAAGCUGGUCUGUCCCUCCCCAAAGGUAGAAAAAGGUUUUUACCUUAUCCUGUCUCAGGAAAUGUUGGCGAGCUGUUCUCAGUCUUGACAUGUCAGGAUUCAGCUGUAGCCACUAAAUGAUAAAGAAGAGCCAUGUUUGUGUCGGAGGCAGUGAAAAUUCAGGUCACGCUGGUGAUGUUGUGGGUGUUUUUGGGCUGGUAAGGAAGACCAGUUUAACAGAAUGUACAUUUGUCAAAAGAACAAAAUCAAACGAUGCCCAGAGUCGGAAGUGGCACAGAAAUUGUAAAUAGAACCGACGUCCAACCUGAAUUUUAGAUAUCGGUCAGUUUUCUAGGUCCUGUUUACUUCUUGCACUCAGGAAGAACAACCGAUUGUCUGUUGUUGACAGAAAUGCACUGUAGAUCCUCCUGUCAGGUCUGCUGGGGUAGAACUCAGUCGCUCUCCUCCUUCUACUUUCCCUCAAUCUUCCAGCAACAAUUAUGCCAAAUGUUACAUCUUUCACUUCUCGCUCCACGCAAUGUAUCGUCAUUAUAACGUAACAUGUUGCAGGGUGAGAACAGUUAGUUUAUUUUUUUGGAUUUGGACUAUUUAUAAAAACUGUAGAUUCAUUUCUGUGCCUGGUGCCAAAAUGUAUAUUUUUCUUUGGAUGCCUUUUGUAGAUGCAGACCUGCUGUACAUAUAUGUGAUAAAAUGGAAGGAGAACACGUUGGGCUACAUGUACAGAAACACAGAGAGGUGGGUUAUGAAUGUGUGUAUAUGCUGCAUAUGUUAACUGUCCAAAAUUCAAAUUUAAUAUAAAAACUUAAUUAUGUAGUAUAAUUUAAUCAUGUCAACCCAAGUCUCCCAAAGGGGUGGUCUUUCAUAGAACUUUAUUUCAAAUCGUUUAUUAUUUGCAUCAUUAUAUUUGUCUGCAUAACCGUAUAAUUUUAUUCCUGACGUAUAGUUUGUAAAUGUCUCAGUGUUAAUAUGAUGCUAAACCGCAAAUAGCACUUUUAUCAGACCAAGUUAUUUAUGUUCUGUUUGUCGUAAUUACUUAUAAUAAUAACAAGUCAGUUGUUACCUCCAGGUCCCACAGUGCCAACUGGCUGCAGGUCGAUUCACAGAUAUUUGAACAGACACUACACUGACGUGAUUGUAACUGUCACUACCGUAAAACACUACCGCACUAUAGACGUCCGUGACGGUUACUUAUAAAAACACCGUCGAUAACGAGCCUGUCCGUUGACGUCAUGCGCCAGUAAAUUAGUACAUUUGAUCAGUUUUAUUUUAAAAAAGAAAUCUCUAUGGAAUGUGUGCAUGCUCUACUGUGACUUGUCACUUUUUAUCAAAGAAAUUCUAAUAAAAUUUGGAUGAUUCUUAAA